UUGUGGCAUGUCUCGCUUAUUACGUUCUUUCAAUUAAUGAAGUAAGAACAUACUAAUAUUAAAUUAACAGAUAUGUUGAACUUCGAGAAUUUAAAAAUCGCGAACUGUCCCUGGGGAAUUCAAAGGAAAAUUUGCAUUUUGCAAAGCCUGAUUGGCGACUUGCCAAUGGUGUUGAUGGACGAACCUUCCGCUGGAAUCGAUAUAAUGACCAAGCAUGCUCUUUGCGAAAUCUUGCAGGAAAUACGGGAGAUGGGGAGAACCGUACUGGUCACUACGGACAGGUUAAUAAGUCUGAUAACAAAGAUAACAAACAUUAGAAUUAAUUUCUUAGAAAUUUCUCUUACAAAUAUUAGCAUGAGAGAAGCGGAAGCAAUGUGCCUACGCGUUGGAAUUUUGGUCAAUGGCCAGUUUACCGCAAUUGGAUCUUGCGAGGAUCUAAAGGCAAAACACGGUCGCAACUUUAUAAUGACUAUCAAAGUAAUCCCAGGCUUUCAGCUUGAAAACCUGGAGAAGAUGAAGAAAAUCAUCGAUGAGACAUUCCCGUCGAUAAAGUUCAAAGAAAGCUACUUGGUAAACAGGAUAUAAUUUCAACCAACAUUUUUUAUAGA